CCCUUCGCCGCCUCUCUCAUUCUCUCUCGACCCUCUCUCACAGAUUCCUCUCCCUCUCUCUCAACGAUGGCUCCUUCGACUGGAAUCCCAAACGAAUCCCGUCGUCGCCCGCGCUCUACCGGAUUACAGCUCCCAGAUAUGCGGCAAGGGAGACCUCAGUUGACCUUAUCGGAGCCUUCUGCCAUGGCCCCAUCUUUUUCUCCUCCCAUGUCUGUACCUCCUGGAGCUGUUCCUCACGCAUCUGCCGGCUCUUCAAGUGCAGCGCCUGCGGCUCCUGCCCCUUAUGUCAGGAGAAGAGAAGAUGCUCUGCUACGUGCGCCAUCUAGACAUAACCAGCCACACCUCCAUCCUGACAAGAUCAAUGGAGCAUUGUGGUUUGGUAUUGAUCCUGAAGCCCAUGCUUUUAUCCGAGCAACAUGGCAGGGAAACUAUUGGGGGUCAUGGGCAAGCUGGAACUUCGUUCCACCUGAGAAGAAGGAUCAGUGGUGGCAUGCGUUCAUUCAACACUACUACUGGGAGGACCAAUUCCAUGAUGAAAUCUACUUGAAAUGGAAGAAACAAACUCAGGUUACCGUCUGUGGCCGCAUCAGCCAGAAAAGGAGAGAUAACCGGCAACCUUCCUACAUGUCAGACGCUCACUGGGCAACAAUGGUUGAGAAGUACAGCACUGAGCAAGCGAAAAAGAAGAGUGCAAAAGCUGCAAAAUCUCGUAAGUCUGCUCUAGUUGGGAAGAGGAUGCACAAGCACGGUGCAAGCCCACGCUGUUUCCUUAACAUUCAGUAUAAUAUGAUGGUUGAUGAAGGUUUGGAUGAACCACCUUCAUACACAGCCCUUGCGAGGAAGACUCACACGGGUAAAGACGGCUCCUUCUUAGACGAACGUACAGAGGAACUGGUGCUGGAUGUUGAGGAAGCCGUUGAAGAGAUGUUACAAGAUGGAUCUCCACAUGGCGACAGUCAAACCGACUCCACUGCUGCUUCAAAUGCAAAGCGCUAUCUUCUCAACCAAGAAUACAUCAAGGUCAUCUCUUCUCUCAUCCUCAUUUUAUUUAUUUCAGCUUACUGGAAAUGCUUGUGUUGUUUAAUUUAA